GCCCUGGUGCCCAGCAGCGGGGCGGGAACGGGGAUCUCGCCCCCUCCCCCGUCAAAGCCCGGUCGUGUCCCCUUUGCUCCCUCCCCCGCCCUGUAGCGGGGUGACUUGGGUCUCCGCGGAGUGGGGGCCGCUUGUGGGAUUUUAGGCGGGGAAGGGGCGACCUUUUCUGCCCACCCUCGGCAGCCACGGCCUCGGCUGCUGAGCGUGCGGGAAGUCCGAGCCCCUGAUGCGGCCACAGCUGCUCCCCGACCUCCAGCUCCCCCGCCCCCCCGCAGUUCCGACUUUGUGCCCGUCUGCGGACUGGGAGGAUGGCGAUGUUGGCGUGGUGCAGCAUCUCGGUGAUCCUGGGAUCAGAGCUAGGACAACUAGGCUCCUCUACAUGGGCACCCAGCAGCUAACCUUGCAGUCCUCUCACGAUGGACGGUGACAGUUCUACAACAGAUGCUUCUCAGUUAGGAAUUGCUGGAGAUUACAUUGGUGGUAGUCACUUUGUAAUACAGCCUCAUGAUGACACGGAGGACAGUAUGAAUGAUCAUGAAGACACAAAUGGCUCAAAAGAGAGUUUUAGAGAACAAGAUAUAUAUCUUCCAAUUGCAAAUGUGGCAAGGAUAAUGAAAAAUGCCAUACCCCAGACAGGAAAGAUUGCUAAAGAUGCAAAGGAGUGUGUGCAAGAGUGUGUAAGUGAAUUCAUCAGCUUUAUAACAUCUGAAGCAAGUGAGAGGUGUCAUCAAGAGAAACGAAAGACUAUCAAUGGAGAGGAUAUUCUCUUUGCCAUGUCUACCUUGGGAUUUGAUAGUUAUGUUGAACCUUUGAAGCUGUAUCUCCAAAAAUUCAGAGAGGCAAUGAAAGGAGAGAAAGGAAUUGGAGGAACAGUUACAACUGCAGAUGGUCUUAGUGAGGAGCUCACAGAAGAAGCAUUUACUAACCAGUUGCCAGCAGGUUUAAUAACUACAGAUGGCCAGCAGCAAAAUGUUAUGGUUUAUACAACAUCUUAUCAACAGAUCUCUGGUGUUCAACAAAUUCAGUUCUCGUGAUUUGAAGAAGGCUUUUUGGGAAUGGAAGAGAGACAAGAAAGCUGUACAACUUGUGAAGGGAGACGUUAGUUUAAAAUGACAGAGGAGAGAGUUGUCUCUUUGUACAUUAAAUAGCUGUAAUGUAGCUACCUGAGGCUUGACUAAUGGAGGUGUGAAUUCUGACUCAAAUCUUUUUUUCAUGAAUUUUUAAAUAAAUUGGAUAUUAAGGGUAUUAAAGUAUUUUUGUUUUGUACAAGAGUUUGUUGCUCUGUAUAACUCCUGUAUGCAUUGUAUAUUGCAAUUUAUUACUGUCAGAUUUGUAGACAGUUUCUUAUUUUCAUAUUGAAUCAUGUUACUUUUGUAAUUCAGGUAAACAGCUGAGUUUAAUUCAUGUUUACCCUUUAAAUAAAAUAAGGGUAAAGUUCAUUUUGAAUGCAAGUUGCCUUUAUUAUAAAAUUUGAAUUGUUCUUGGUUAUGUAAAUUGUCUUGCAUGUCUUAACUAGAUUUUUAAUGUUGACAUAUUUAUUGAAAACUUGAAAGGGUUUUUUUUAUGAAACUCUAGCAGCUCAAAAGAAUUGUUAGAAUUGUUUUUUAAUGUUAAUCCAGAAGCAAACAAUUGUUAGAUCUGUUGAAAUUUAGAUAUCUGGUGCCCAUCAACAGUGUUCACUAUAAUGCAAUAGUUAUUUGAGAUAGCUACUACAGGCAUUCAUUAGGCUACUUUUACAAUUAUAUUAACUUAACUCUGUACAGACUUCUGAAGAACAAUUUGUUAAAUUUAAAGUAGUCUUAGAGCUAUUGAAAUGCAUGGUUUUUGGAAAGCCAAAUCCCAAAAUGUAACUGUUUCCUUGAGUAUUAUAGGAGGAUUUUAUAGUCCUGUGGUAAAUGACCUCAAUUUAACUUUUUAAACUGAAAUAUAAGGUUUGGUUUCCUGUAAGACUGUGGGAACUCUCAAAUGUUUCAGAAAUAGUGUGUACAAUGUGUGUGUGUGCACAUGUGUACAUGCAUAUGCAUGUGUGAGUGACUGAAAUAUGAAUAGAUGAUAAAUCUGAAAUGAAAGACAAACAUCUAGUUUGUUGUCUCCUUCCUGAUUUUACAAUAAACUGUACCUAGAUA